AUGGAUCUCGCUACUUCAGUCACUUCAACUCAACCUACUUCCUUCCUAGGAAAGGUCGUAGAGAUCUGCAUUGUCACUCCAGACUGCAAAAAGACAAUCUCUGAACUCACGAAACUCGGCAUCGGCCCGUUCCGAAUCUUUGAGUUCAACGCAAACACCGUGUCUGAUCGUUAUUUCCGCGGCCAACCUGCAGAAUUCGAACUGCUAGUCGCCUUUGCAGAUACAGGCGACAUGGUAUGGGAGAUCAUGCAGCCUGUUUCUGGGCCAUCACUUAUGCAAGAGUUUCUCCACAAAGGCGGACAAGGGAUUCACCAUGUGGCUUUUGAUUGCAAUCAUGUUCCGCAGCAGCAACGCAAGGAUGAAUUUAAGAGACGCGGGUUUGAGGUUGCACAGUCAGGCAUAUGGCAUGGGAAGAAGGGGACUUGGACAUGUUUUGAGUCGUAUAACUUUUCGGACGAUUGGGAGGAACCAGAUGAGUCAGUUAACGAUGUUUGA